AUGGUCAAGAGCUUGGAACAGGCGCUUCUUCGGAUAUCUGAAUUGGAAGAUAAGAUAGAAGACCAGCAGAUAAUAAUCAAUGCACUUGUGGCACAUACAAAGAGGUUGGCGAGGGAUAAUGGGAGCACAGCGGUAGGGAAAGGCCAUAAGGAGCAGGAUAGAAACGGGGCUGAUGCAGAAGAUGGCCAGGAUAUGGUCCGUUUUGAGCUUAACAAAGAGAAUAGUAGAAGAAAGAAAAGGAGCAGUGUGCCUCUUGAGGAUGAAGUUGAGGACUUGUUCCGAGGGGACAAGGUAUCUAAGUCGUUCAAGGAUGCCUUCACAAUUGAUUCUCUCCUAUCUUACUCCGGGGAAGCUCACAACUUCUCGCUAAACAGUAGAGCAGAUGUGAAAAUGAAAAAGUCGUUUCACACCAAUGUUAAGCAGCAAAUCGACAAGAUUAUAAGGCACAUGAUGACAAACCUGAACACUUACGACCUCAACACGAUCUGCUCGACAUUCAAUUUGAUCUCUGGGGAUGUUGAGUAUCAGCACAAGCUUGUGAUUGCACAUGACAUCAUUCUUUUUAUUGAUGACUUUUCCAGGACACCGUUUAUCAUUUCUGCUCUAUUCAACAACCAGGGAAUCCGCAACGACGUGCUGGGAGGAACCAUAAAGGAGAUUCUACUGCACCAGUGUACGAUUGACAAAGACAUAUAUAAGAACAAUCCCCACCUUGUGGGUUACUAUAACAAGAUAAUUGACAACUUUGAGCUCCAUCCCAGAGAAAGGUCCCUGAAGGAUGCAUGCACCAGUUUGAUUGGAAACUUCAAGGUUUUUGAGGACAGGACUUUCAACUCCGCGAUAUUUCCAAACAUGUACUCUGUUAGGGUUCUUUGCCACUACAUGGACUGGGACUACACUUACAACGAGUUUGUGAGGUCUGUUCUGUACCCAAGGCUAAAGGAGACUCGCAACCCCCUGUAUGCUGUUUAUAUGUUUGUUGUGGCGUUUAAUGCACUGCGGGUGUUUGGAGACGUUGAGAGUGUGAACGUUGUGUUUGACAAGCUCAAGGAGUUUAUGAGUGAUGCCUCGGACCUCUCUAUAGCCUCCUAUCUGUUUAUCAAGCAGAUUGAUCCUGAGGGAGCCAGGAAGUGGUACAGAUCACAGAUAGAGAGUAUUGGGCAUGUUGAUAUGGAGCAUCUACAAGGUCUGGUAUUAUACUAG